AUGGGGACUGCAGAUAGAGCGUUUGAGAUUCGCACAAGCCCCGCGGCGCUCUUUGAUCUUGGUUUCUGGGCUUUCAGUCCACUGAUGGUGUUCCAUGGGAUCGUUUACUGGCUCCUACCUUUGGCACUUGUGAUUGCACCUUCUUCUUUGACAAUCACCAUACGAAGGAACUCGGACGGACCAGAACUUCUAUACGAAUAUCAUAGAAGGAACCUUUUCCUUGCAUAUCUCAUCCCUGGCGUGCUCGUCUUUGUAGGAUGCCUUGUUGGUGUUAUCAAUAUCAUAGGGUCUACAAGGUCAUACUCUAGUACAUUGUCUACUGUGAUACGUACGUCGAGAAACGAGUCACUGGACCAGCUUAUCCAAAUCACCGAUCGCAACGGUGGGAACCCGUUACCAAAACGCCUAGUAAGAACAAAGGUUCGGCUAGCAUCGUUGUACGGAACUUCUGUUGCACUCGACGGGGAAAACUUUGCUAUUGAGGUUGUUAGGUAUGCAUCUGGAACUACGGCUGAUGACGGAGUUCGGCACACACACCAUGGAAGUAGACAGGAAGAUGAGGGGAGACUCGGCGUUCAACGAGUGGAUGAGAGAGAUAGCGAGCUAGACAAUUUGUCACCAAUUGGGAGCCAAGACCGGCACCGUGGAGCUGCAAAGAUAUAG